AUGGCCAGUCUAGACCCGAUCAAGGUCCCAUUCGACUCGGAUCUCGAGCGGACCGACACCACGGUCAAAAAUGGUGCCGUCAUUAGCACGGGAUCCGAUAGCGAAGCCCCGGAUGCCGUCGACGACGAGCACACGCCACACGUGCUUGACCACAAGGCCGAGCGCGCCCUCGUGCGGAAGUUCGACAUGCGAUUGCUGCCCAUCCUGGCCGUCAUGUACCUCUUCAAUGCGCUCGACAAGUCCAAUCUAGGUAAUGCCAAGACAGCUGGUCUCGAAAAGUCGCUCGGCUUGGUCGGCAACCAGUACAACAUUCUUCUCAGCGUCUUCUUCGUGCCCUACGUGCUGACCGCGCCCUUUCUCGGCAUUCUGGGCAAGCGGUUUGGCCCCAGCCGUGUGCUGCCAAUCAUGAUGUUCUCCUUUGGCUCCUUCACCCUGUUGACCACUGCCGCCUCCAACUAUGCCGGCAUCAUGACGCUGCGCUGGUUCUUGGGCAUGAGCGAGUCGGCCUUUUUCCCGCUGGUCAUCUACUACCAGACAAUGUUCUACCGCCGUGGCGAGCUUGCCCGCCGUCUGGCCAUCUUUUACGCCGCUUCCAACAUCGCGUCGGCCUUUAGCGGCCUUCUGGCGUUUGGCGUCUUCCAUAUCAAGUCGGGUCACAUGGCCAACUGGCGGUACCUGUUCGUUAUCGAAGGCUCGGCUACGGUGGUCUUCUCCGUCUUUGCCUUUUUCUACCUGCCGGCCUCGGCGGCUGAGGCGACAUUCCUGGACGAGAAGGAGAAGCAGCUGGCCUACCACCGCAUGGCCGUCGACAGUUCCGGCAUUGUCAACGAGCCGUUUGUGUGGCGUGAGGCCUUUCGCAUCUUCCGCGAGCCCACCAGCUGGGCCAUCCUGGGCAUUGAGAUCUGCCUCGGCGUACCGCUGCAGAGCGUCAGUCUGUUCCUGCCGCAGAUCAUCGCCCGCCUCAAGUACUCCACCGUCAAGACGAAUCUCUACACAGUUGCGCCCAACGUAUCGGGUGCCGCCAUGCUUCUCAUCCUGGCCUUUGCCAGCGACUACACCCGCCUGCGUUUCCCCUUUGUUGUCGCCGGCUUCCUUUUCACCUUCAUUGGCUUCGUCAUCUACGCCGCCAUCGACGUCGAGACUGACCUGCAUGUUGCUUACUUUGCCUGCUUCAUGAUGACCUGGGGCACCAGCGCCCCCAGCGUGCUGCUGGACGUGCUCUACAACAACAACAUUGUGCACGAGGGCCGCCGCGUUGUCCUGACCAGCUUUGGCGUUCCUGUCGCGAACGUCAUGGGCCUCGUCAGCUCCAACAUCUUCCGGAAGCAAGACGCACCCCGCUAUCUGCCCGCGCUGGCAACGACUGCUGCCUUUGGUGGAACCGGCGCCGUGCUGACCUUCCUGCUCGGCAUGUACAUGAUUUUUGACAACAAGCGGCGCGAUCGCAAACAGGGUUUCAAGGUAAAGGCCAAGGACAUCCCAACGGAGAAGCUCUACAACGGUCCUUCGUCGCCGGACUUCCGCUGGUUCCUAUAG